AUGAAUGGGCAAAAAUAUCAUGAAUUGUUCAGUCUAGAACUAGUACCAAGGCAAAGAAGUAUGGGCAGGCAACUUGAGUCAUUAAGCAGAGGAUUAGGCAUUAAGAUUCCAAUCCAGAUUCGUGAAGGGAAAAGAAGACCAGAGGCACCUAUCCAAGCUGCCAAAUUUGCAUCAGAGGGUGGGAUCGUACUUAGACAACACAUGCCAAUAUUUUCACAUUGGAAGGAGUACAAGAAGAAAGAGAACGCGGGUAAAAUAGAAAAUUACAUUGGAAAGAUUGCUGGACAAUUCACCAUGGAUGCUGAUAAUACAGCAGUGAGAGCAGCAUGUAUUGAUAUGCUAAAGGGUGGUCAUCGCCAGAUGAGGUAUAACCUAAAAAAGAAAUACUUCAACGAGGUUCCUGCAAAUCUAGUGAGGACUACAUCGCCUGUUUCGUGCAUGACUGAUGACCAAUGGAAACUUCUAGUAGAAAUGUGGUCUACCUCAAAGCACAAGGACACAUGUAUGAAGAACAAAAUUAGUCGUGAACAAGUAAAGUUUCCACAAGGCACAGGCUCUCAAUCCUACGUUGCAAAGGCAUACUCAUUGAAGCAAGAAAAAUUUAAAGAUACCGAACCUAGUGCAAUUGAUCUUUUCAAGGAGAUGCAUUGCAGCAAGAAGAAAGGGUUUAGUGAAACUGUCCAGAAAGCUAUUGUUGACAUGGAAUCAAUGGCAGCAACACCAGUUGAAGAUGGACAUCAUUCAAAGUCUUCAACAGAAGUAGUCUCCCAAGUGCUGCCUAAAUCAAGUUUAUUCCUUCAGAAUGUAGGCUUGGCCACCUCUAACAGAAGCUCUUCAGGAAAUGUUUCAGCAAAGGUGCAGCAACUUGAGUCUCAAUUGGAGACUGAGCGGCAAGAAAAAGACGGACUACGAGAUGAAGUCCAAAGCUUGAAGGCUAAGACACAGGCAUCUGACGAGACCAUUGCUAAGCAAUCUGAUGAGAUUGCAGAUUUGAAGAAGUCCAUAGCAGAAAACAAUAGCCUCCUUCGCCAGAUUUUAAGCAUCAAUCGUAGCCAAGUGUCUCCUUAAAUAUGUCUGCCAACUUGAUGGUGUCAAGAUACAUCACAUACCAGAUGGAGGACUAAAGUUAUAUGAGCUUAAGUUACAUGUUUAUUAGGAUUUAUGUUAUUGGAGUCCAAAUUUGUUUUUUGUUUAAAUACUUGUGCUCGAUGAAUUUUUGGACGAAUGUUAUACUUGGAAAUUAUAUAAUUUUGGUAUUUCAAUUGGUUUUGUUUGAUGACA